AUGUGUUGUCCCGUGAUAGCCAUGUAAGCUUUAAUUUAAAAAUAAUUAUUUGUUUGAAAAGUUCGUUUGUUUUUGCCGAGCGUAUUUUGCAUUGCGGUGACGUCACGCAGGUGAUAGGUGAAACUAAAUCAGCAUGCGGAUAGGUGUGGCAAAAGGUGAAUUGGCAGCCACGUAACCUAGUCGAGCUGGAAAAACAGCUCGACCUCACUCACACACCCUGGAAACACUUGACAAUAAUAACAACCAUCGUGUGUCCGCAUACUUCCACCAAACGCUGCUUCUGAUUUAUUGUAGCAGGGACUCUAAGGCAGGCAAAAAUGAGUAAAAUCUCGAAAUUUUUCAAGGGGAGUUCGAGCUCCAGCUCGUCCUCGGGUGGCAAGUCCAAGCACCGAUCCAAAGGGGGACCUUCUCCCCAGGAGGCCAUCCACAAGCUCCGGGAAACCGAGGACAUGUUGACCAAGAAGCAGGACUACCUGGAGAAAAGGAUAGAACAGGAAGUCCUGCUAGCCAAGAAGCACGGCACGAGAAAUAAGAGAGCUGCCCUGCAGGCCCUUAAAAGAAAGAAGCGCCUGGAGCAGCAGCUGACUCAGAUCGACGGCACGCUUUCCACCAUCGAGUUCCAACGGGAAGCUCUGGAGAACUCUCACACCAACACGGAGGUGGUGAAAAACAUGGGCUACGCCGCUCAGGCCAUGAAGAAAGUCCACGAAAGCAUGGAUCUCAACAAGAUUGACGAGCUGAUGGACGACAUCAACGAGCAGCAAGAUGUAGCCCGCGAGAUCAACGAAGCCAUCUCCAGACCUACCGGCGAAACUUACGACGAGGAUGAGCUGCUGGCUGAGUUGGAGGAGCUGGAGAAGGAAGACAUGGAUGAGAACUUGAGGAGCAUGGGUGGACUACCUUCGGUUCCCAGUGCAAGGCUGCCCUCGGUUCCGUCAGGGCGCGCUUCUCACCGCGCAACGGCCAGAAGAAGGGCUGAGGACGAAGAUGACAUGCGCAUGCUAGCGUCCUGGGGGAUAUAAGCCAUCUUGUUAUUUAUGGAUGGCUUGGAGAAAGACAUGGGAUACUUGACAAGAGUUACAUCUUUUUUUUUAAUUUCUCAGGGGUUUUAGAGAAUUACUACUAUUUUGGGACUUGAACUUCAUCCAUUCAUCGACCAGCCGUCAUGUUACAGCGAAGGAAAUUGUUACUGUGUUUGUUGUGGCUUUUGUUUUCUGUUUUUUUGUGAAUUUUGAGAUGAAUUGUUGUCGAGCAACUAACUCUGAAGGAUUUUCAGCACUGAGCUGACUACAAUAAAUGUCACACACCUGUAGAUACUCUUUGCUCUCUUGUAAAUAUUUCAAGUUUUUAUGUUCAGCAAUAAUAAAAACUGCUUUCCUA